UUUGUUUGUUUUUCUGAUUUCUUCUUCGAUUUUAUUUUUGUUUUCGUUGACAACUUCACCAACCAUCUCUCUCUCUCUCUCUCUCUCUCUCUCAUCGACCCAGAGAGAAAGGAAUAAUUUUUAUUGUAAUUUUCACUAUCGAGAACACCAUUGUUGCUUCUCCUUAUCCUCAAUCUCACGCAUCCGAACCAACACAGAGGGUCUCUGGAUAAUGCUGCAACUUUCUAGGGUUUUUUUUUUUUCUGGGCUAUGAUGAGGUAGUGUUGUUUGGUUUGUUUUAAUUGUGAGGUAUUGGGUGAUACAUUGUGCUAGCUUUGGUGGUGGAUUUUGUUGUUUUUUGUGGGGGUGAUUAUUUGGUUUUGGUAAUCAGAGAGUGAAGGGUUAGUUGCAGUGUGCUUGAUUUUUGAAUGGUUUGUUUGUUGUGAUUGAGAUGGGCUCGUGUGGGGAAUCUGCGAUCGGUGAUGAUCCCUCAGGCGGGUCUGGUAUUGCAAAGAGUUUGUGUCCGGAGGUUCCGACGCCGUUAGGUUGUUCUGUGCAGGAGUCGUGUUCGGAAGAAGCUUGUGAUGUGUUGGGGUCGAAUGUUGACUUACCUGGUAUGACUGAUGGUUGUGUGGGAGGGGAGCAUGUGGGUUCUGCGAGUCUUGUUGAUGCUGCUGAGGGGUCCAGGGAUGCUUUGGCUGAUGGAUGUGAGAAUGCUGAUGUGUUGAGGUCAGAGAAAAGCGCUGCUGCUGAGGGGUCCAGGGAUGCUUUGGCAGAUGGAUGUGAAAAUGCUGAUGUGUUGAGGUCAGAUAAAACCGCUGAAGAUGGUUGUCAGAAUUGCUUGGAGAAUGGGGAUGUUGAAGUUUCCUGUCUAAAAGGUGGUGAGCUGUGCUCAGAAGAUGAUUUUGGAGAUGAAGUCAACUUUGAGCUGCCAUCUGAGUCCAUGACCACAAAUAAUUUGCAGAAGGAGUGCACUCAACAGGGUGAUGAGAGGGAUGAUAUGAGCAGCAUUUUACCCUCAGCUGUAGAUGAUUCAGCAGUAAUGGAAGGGAACAACGAUGUUGCUGAUUUACUCGCUGAUGCUUUCAAUGGUGUGUUUGAUUUCAGGCAUUCUGAAGUGUCUUUGGAAUCAGAAUCCAUGGCUGACAUACUAGUUGAUUGCAACCAGAAAAAUGAGCCAGGGGAAGUUAUGAGAAAUGAAGAUACCUUGUCAAUGGUUGUGGAAAAAUGUGAUGCUUCAGACGGAAUGGAAAUUGAUGCUUGCAGGCAGAUGUCUCCUUCACAGGGUAUGGAAGUUCUGUCAGGUGUAUCAUAUAGAAAUACAAAAGUAGAGAGCACUAGUGAUGAGCUAUGUGCUCAGAAAGAUGGAGUGGAUUUGAAUAGUACCUGUGAGGAAAAGAUUGAAGCUGUUAUUGAUAAUGAAACCACUGUUGAUUCGUAUAGGACCUUAGGGGGCUCACCUGUGGUUGAUUCGCUUUGUGAUGCUUUAGAUGGAAUAGAAGUCGAUGCUUGCUGGAAGAUAUCUCCUUCACAGGAGGGUAUGGAAGUUCCGUCAGGUGUAUUACAUAGAGAUACAGAAGUAGAGAGCACAAGUGAUGAGCUAUGUGCUCAGAACGAUGGAGCGGAUUGGAAUAGUACCUGUGAGGAAAAGAUUGAAGCUGCUAUUGAUAAUGAAAUCACCGUUAAUUCGCAAAGGACCUUAGGGAGCUCACCUGUAGUUCAUUCACUUUGUGAGCCUACCUUGCUGGGUCCGGGGAGUGAAAUGAAGAAUGGUAUACUGCAAAUAGAAGAUAAUUCUUGUGAAUUGAAUAACUAUUCUGCAGAGGGAGCUGCUGACUCUACCUGUAAGAAAACAUUUUAUCCAGAGUCAGGUCAGCCCUCUGCUGUUUUAAUCACUAAUAUCUCUUCGAAGGAUGUGCCUGAUCUUCUUUCUAAAAGUGAUGAUGUUUACAUCAAUGAUAAUCGUGUUGUAGACAAUCCUGGACAGACAAAUAGUGUAGGAAAAGAAGCUGUUGAAGUUGAUUGUAUCAUUGAAAGUGAACAGUUACCUUCUCUAGGGAACACUCGGAGGACCAAAUCUGGUCGUAAGACACCAACCAAAAAGGCUUCAAGAAAAUGCAAGAACAAAGUCAGUGUUAUACAUCCAGGCGAGGGCAUGAAGAUAAACUUAGAUUCUGCUAGAAAGAAAAGAAGUUGUUUAUCCAAACCAGCUCGUUCUUCUAUCUGGGGAUUGCUUGGGAACAUCAAACAAUUUUUUCAGAAAGAUAAUGAGCUUGAGGUCAGUGAAGCCAUGUGCCGGGAAUUGGGGAAGCCUAGAAGCAAACGUCAAAAUGGCAGAGCGAUUAAGAGCGGUGCAAGUUCCAGUUCAUUGAGUUUAGUGCAGAAGCAACCUGUAUCAACUUCAUCUACUCGCGUUCGUCUAAAGAUAAAGUUUGGAAAAGAAAUUGAUUUAAGUUGCUCAAAUGUCUUGACUCCAGAGGCUGUUGGUGGCUUGGCUUCUGCUGCCUACUUGGGGUCUGAUUCCGGUUCACAGAGAGUAGCCAGCAAUGCUGAAGAUAAAUUUUCUGAAGUGGUAGCUUUGAGCAAUCUAGAAUCUUUAACAAAUGACCAGGAUAAAAAUGGUCUUGUUCUAGAUGGACAAAUUGCAAAUGGCCACUUAGAAAAUACAGAAAGAAUGGAGAAGUCAGAUGGAGGUGCGGAGGAACCAUGUCUCACAGUUCUUCCUGAAAAGUUGGUUGAAGCAUUGGUUAAGCCAAUCGAUAUUAAGGUUAUGGAUCCGGGAACUUCACCUGAUUCAGAAGUUAUCAAUUCAGUUCUGGAAGUUCAGGUUGGGGAAAGACAUGAAGAAGAUGUACAUCACUCUGAUUUAGGUUCUUCAAAGGAGUUCAAUUCUAAUUUAGAUGUUACCAUCAGUAAGAGAAGGAAGAAGAAAGACAAGCUUAUUCGUUUGGGUAAUUGUAUCACUGAAGACGGAUCACAAGAUCCACCAGGAAAAAAUAGAGCUAAGCAUUCUAAGAAUCACAGAUGUAAGAAGAAUUGCAGUGAUGCAGUUAACUCUUUGGAAUUGCCUACUUCCACUGAGAUAAGCAAAUCUUUGAACAAUAGGGAAUUGUCCACAGAAUCAUUGCCCCUUGCUGGAGUGAUUGAACUUGGAGGCUCCACUGAGGCUUUGAAAGUUGAAGGUCAAAUGGAAGUCAAGGCAGCUUGGAUACCAUCUAUUGAUCAUGGAUUUUCAGAACCCCAUGGUUCUGAGAAUUUGCUGUCUUCUGCAAAAUCCAUGCGGCGGAAACUACCAAAAAGUCUGACUAGUAAAGUUGGCAAGGCCAAAUCUAAAGCUUCUGAGUCGACGAGCAGGAAAAGGACAACUUCUAGCUGCAAGGAGAAACAGAACAAGCCAAUUUGUAAGAGUGAAGUUAAAGGAGAAGGUCUCUCUCUCAAAGUUAAGUGUGAAGCGGAAGAUCACCCACAUCCAGCAGAUGUAGUUGGAAAUCACAAGAUGGAUGCUGCUGGAAACAUUGAUGCCAGUGACAAUAUCUCAUCAGUCAAUUUAUCUAAUUUGGACAUGCUGCAUGGUGGUGGUUUGGGAGAGCAGCCCCUAUCACCGCGUAAUGCAUGGGUGAGUUGUGAUAAUUGUCACAAGUGGCGGCGUAUUCCAGCUGCGCUAGCUGACCAGAUAGAUGCAACUAACUGCACCUGGACAUGUAAAGACAGCAGUGAUAAAGCCUUUGCUGACUGUGCUAUCCCACAAGAAAAGUCAAAUGCAGAGAUUAAUGCAGAGUUGGGAUUAUCAGAGGGCUCUGGUGAAGAAGAUGUGUAUGAACGCUCUAAAAACUAUAAGGAAUUGGAAUAUCGACCGCCUCUGGUUCCCCAGCAAUCAACCUUUACCCGUAUUUUCACCAAUGAGUUUCUGCAUCGUAGCCGUAAAACUCAGACUAUUGACGAGAUAAUGGUCUGCCAUUGCAAGCCAUCUCAAGAAGGCAAGUCGGGCUGUGGGGAUGAAUGUCUAAACCGGAUGCUUAACAUUGAAUGUGUGCAAGGAACCUGCCCAUGUGGGGGGCGUUGUUCCAAUCAGCAGUUCCAAAAACGCAAGUAUGCCAGCCUGAGGUGGUUUAAAAGUGGGAGAAAAGGUUAUGGACUGAAGGCAGUUGAGGAUGUAUCUAAAGGCCAGUUUCUUAUUGAAUAUGUGGGAGAGGUGCUUGAUAUGCAUGCUUAUGAGGCACGGCAAAGAGAGUAUGCUUUGAAGGGCCAUAGACAUUUCUAUUUUAUGACCUUGAAUGGCAGUGAGGUGAUAGAUGCAAGUGCAAAAGGAAACUUGGGGCGUUUCAUCAAUCAUAGUUGUGAACCUAACUGCCGGACAGAAAAGUGGAUGGUGAAUGGGGAAAUCUGUAUUGGACUGUUUGCAUUGAAGAAAAUUAAGAAGGGUGAAGAAUUGACAUUUGAUUACAACUAUGUAAGGGUUUUUGGUGCCGCUGCCAAAAAAUGUUACUGUGGUUCUCCUCGUUGUCGUGGUUAUAUAGGUGGUGGUGAUCCACUCGAUGAUGAAAUGAUAGUUCAAGGUGAUUCAGAUGAAGAAUUUCCAGAACCUGUGAUGCUCACUGAAGAUGGUGAAAUUGAGGAGAGUGAACCUGAUCCCAGGUACUUUGAUAAUGUGGAUACAAAGUCUUCUAGACAUUUGUUAAAAGAUAGCGAUUUAUUGGACAAGUCUACAACUGCUGAAGAUGCAAAUGGUUCUCCCGAGAAAGAAAGUUCUACGAACCCUGCCUCUUCUGCCGUGUUGCACAGCUCAGUUGAUGUGAAAGACUUGAAGGUCAAGUUAUCAUCUUCUGUUCAAAUGGAAGAAAUUUCUCAACAAAUGGAGGAUACAGCAAGCAAACCCUUGCCUGCUGUACAAGAAGGUUGUGCAAUUGAAUCUGAGUGUGCAGACAAAACUUCUUCCAUUAAAAAAUUAGAGACUACUUCUUCCCAUACAACUGUCAGCAAAGUGUUAUCGGAUUCUUCUGGUAGUAAUCGAGAAUCCAAGUCUGAAAUAGUCGAAGGCAGGAAUGAUUUUUCACAAUCACCCCUGCCUGUGGACACUCCUCAACUAAAUGGAUCAGUUAAAAAGGGGAAAGUUCGUGCUAAUCCUGCAAAUGGUCAUAAAGCUGAGCUGACAGCCACCCGAUUGCAGGUGUCAUCCAAGCACAAAAAAGUUGUAGAAGGUUCUUCCAAUGGACGGUUUGAAGCAGUUCAGGCGAAACUUAAUGAGUUGCUAGAUGGGGAUGGAGGAAUAAGCAAAAGAAAAGAUGCCACUAAAGGCUACUUGAAGCUUUUGCUUCUCACUGUGGCAUCAGGCAAUAGAAGCAAUGGUGAAGGAAUUCAAAGCAAUCGAGAUCUUUCAAUGAUUCUUGAUGCCCUUCUGAAAACAAAAUCUAGAGCCGUGCUCAAUGAUAUAAUUAACAAAAACGGUCUGCAGAUGUUGCAUAACAUAAUGAAGCAGUACAGGCUGGACUUCAAAAAAAUUCCAAUACUACGAAAGCUUCUUAAGGUCUUAGAGUUCCUAGCAGCAAACAAUAUAUUGACGUCUGAACAUAUCUAUAGUGGUCCUCCUUGUCAUGGAAUGGAGAGCUUUAGGAAAUCAAUGCUGUCUCUGACUGAGCAUGAUGACAAACAGGUCCAUCAAAUUGCUCGAAGCUUCCGUGACAGAUGGAUUCGCAGAUCUGUCAGAAAACCAGGCUAUAUGGACAGGGAUGAUAACAGGUUGGAAUCUCACAGAAGCUUAAACUGUAACAGAUUUUCAGCAUCAAACAAUCAUAGGCACGAGCAGGAUUCAAGACCUUCAGAGGCAAAUGAUUGUGGUCAGCAGUCGAUGCUUGUGACAACUUCAGUAGAUGGUAUUGCCCAGGAGGGCAGCUCUACAGUGUCUCCACAUACGGUUGAAAACAAUGGGGCAAAAAAACGCAAGCGCAAAAGCCGAUGGGAUCAACCUGCCGAAACAAAUUCAAAUUUUGAUACGGGUACUAUUUCUACUAGUGAAAGCCAGAGCAUUCAUGAUGAUGUUCCGCCAGGGUUUUCACAUCCAAUGCGCCCAUUAAAUGCUUCAUUAAACUCUGGUGAUCCUGCUUUGCAAAAUGCUAGCCAUUCUGGAUUUCUGUCUGAUUUCAUUAUUGGUCGUCCAAAAGAGAGAUUCAACUCUCGCUUGCCUGUCUCAUAUGGAAUGCCAUUGUCCGUUGCCCAGCAAUAUGGAACACCUCAUGCUGAAACCAUAGGGUUUUGGUUCACAGCACCAGGCCUGCCUUUCAACCCAUUUCCUCCACUACCCCCAUAUCCACGGGUUGACAGAGGCUCUCAACCUUCUGAUACUACUACUGCUAUGGCAAUUGAUCAGCCUGCCGAAGUUCAGAAGGGGGAUACCGGUGGCCUGGUUAAUCGUUGCUUAGAUGAUAUGAUUCCCAGCACAACUGGCUCUAACCCUGAUGACGUGAACCUUCCUGGUGAGGGCAACCAACCUGAUACGAAGCGGUUGAAGGCUGAUGGCUCCAACGAUUUGGGAAAGAGGUACUUCAGGCAGCAGAAAUGGAAUAAUUCAAAAAUACAUCGACCAUGGUUCAAGAGGGAUGCAUUGAGAAGUAGUGGGAACAACUCUAGUGGUGAUUUGUGCAGUGUAGGCGUAGAUGUAACGAAGGAGUCAAAAGGAACUUCUUCGUCGGAGGAUGCAAUCUGUAGAGAUGAGAAAGGGGCCAAUAAUAUUUAAUAGCAAUGCACAGCAGCAAACUCAAUACUGUUUACAGGAAAAAGAAUUUAAUUUUGUUUUCCUUUUUCUUCCAUAUACAUUAAUGUACUGCUAAUUCAUUUGUUCCUGAAUCUAUUAUUCAAUGAAAAGUUCAUUCAAUUUUCAGCA